UGUCGUUGGCAUUCGGAUUUUAAGGCCAAACUAAAACCCCAACAACCCAAAUCGAAAAUCCAAUUGUAAGCAGAGAUCGAAGCCCAAAUCCCAAAUCGAAAACCCUAAUCGAACGCAGACCUAUUUCGUGAUCUCGAGUUUGAGCUUCAUCACCUUCGACGCCGUAGCUCCGCUCGUCCACGUCGCAGUUCCGGUCGCCUCGCGUGGCAGCUCCGUCGGGUGUCUGGUUCAGCGGCGUCACUGUUCCCUUCUUCUCUUUCCCUCUUUCGUUGUUCCCUCGUGCAAACCCUGACCGUGGUCUUCAGCACACUUUCCCAGUCCCAGAAUCUGCAUUAGGGUUUGUGAAAGAACCAUGUCGAGCGCCUUAAGCUGGAGACACCACGUCGUGAUUCAAUCUCUGUUUUCGCGGGGCCCACUCUGCGAGAAGGACAUGCACGCCAUGUUUGAACAGCUCACCAAGAGAAACCCAGGUACUGAGCGGCAACUGUUCGAUGGUUUCAUUCUGAAAAUCAACAAGGCGCUUAGUUGUGCUAAUUUUGAGUUGCGUGCCUGCAUAAAUCAAUAUGAUGGCCAAGUUUAUUAUGGUGUGGUCAAUACCGUUGCUGACGAACAUUCCAAGUUAGGGACGAAGUAUAGUGUUCCGCAAAUUGCCUUUUACAAGGCCAUUAUUGAAGCAAUUGUACAGGAUGCCUCUGCAAAAGGUGUUAUCUUCAGCAUCCAUGCUCUCAAUCUUAGUUUGGAUGGCCAGGGUGAUUAUAUUUUGGUACCAAAUCAUGUACUCAUGGAGAACAAGAUACUCUGCACAAAGAUUUGCCCCUUCCAUUGUGAUGGGGAUGCUUUAGGAUAUUUUUUGGGACAGUUGUUACGGAUCUCAAAAUGCAAAUGUUUUUAUUCUUCUAUCUAUUGCAAAUUUAAAAUAAAAUGUACAAUUUUCAUGGUAUAUGUUCAGGUUACAAUUAUGACAGAUCCACAAUCUCAAGGAAGCCUGUCAAAUGUUCCAUCUACUUUGAAAAAUUUUAGUUUGUCUCAAAAGGAGAAAACCCUGAAUGAACUUGUGCAGGACCAGUGGCUUAAUUUGACAACAGAGGGUGUUAUUAAACUUGGUCUGAAGUCAUUUCUUGAUCUUCGCAGUUGGUUUCGAAAUAAUGAUGUUCCAUCCUGUCAUGUUUGCAAUGAAGCUGGAAUAAAGGCAGAGGUGUGCCAAAAUGAAAAUUGUACUGUGCGAAUUCAUCAGUAUUGCCUGAAGCAACUUUUCUUGCAGGGAAAGGUUGCCAAAGUUUGCCCAAGUUGUGGCACUUCCUGGCCAUAUACAGUACCGAAGGAGGAGGCCUUGCAGACGGGAGAUGACAGUGAACCUAGACAAAGUCAACGGGUGACUAGAUCUGAUCGAAAGAGGCAAAGUGCUAACAGGGUUGUUGUUGAUGAUGGAGUUGGAUGCAGUAAUCAGGAUGAGCUGAACGAAAACAAAGAAAUCCAGAAUGGUAAUGUAUUGGGACGGAAAAGAAGAAGAGGACGCCAAACAGAUGAUGCAGAAACAGGAGGACCUGGUGCAUCACAAUCUUCAGCAGCUAUUUCGGGUUUGAGAAGAGUGACUCGAAAUUCUGCUCGUCUGAAAUAAACAAUGGUGCUUUAUACUGCUUCUUGCUGAAGCACUGUACAUUUUGUACAUUUUGCUGCUGACUGCUGUAAUUUAUGCUGAACUUUUGAGAAUAUUUGAAUGGACUUAUGUUGUAAAUGCAGUUAGCUAGUUUUAGUGACUAUUUCUAAACCAGCAAUCUUAUGUUAUUCCUCUGGCGUGAAACGCCAAUUCUCUAGCAAAUACAGUGUAAAUUCGUCCCUGGUGUCAAAGGGAUCAAAUAUUAGAGCCGUAUGUUGACUGUCGAGGUAGCGGCAUGAUUAUUUUCUCAACCAAUAGAAUUGUUUAGCAGUGUUGUGCUUCUUUAA